AUGGCGAACAUGCCACGGAAGAGGCCCCAUGAGGAUAGCCUACCUGAAGACCUGCAGAAGCUGGUCGCGCACCAGAUCGAGGCCAGCUUGUCGGGGCGCAACAAGUACAUCAUUUUGGCGCACCCAUCGAUGGAUCAUAUCAAGAAAGCAUUGAUCGAGCUGGAUCCGCUCUCUUACACUGAGGUGAAAGUGGAUUGGCGUGAGUUCGAAUCAGGAAUGCCCAACAUUUUCAUCGAGGAGGUCCACAAGCUUCUCCCUGCGCAUGUUUUGCUGCUUCUGAACAUGCGACGAAAGGAGAUCCUUUUGGAUCAGCUUUCGCUGCUUUAUGCCAUCCCACGUUAUGGCUGCAGAUCCCUCACUGUCCUUCUGCCUUUUUUUCCAACUGGAACCAUGGAGCGCGUGGAUCGAGAGGGCGAGGUGGCGACCGCUUCAACCUUGAGCCGAAUGAUCAGUGCUGUGCCCAUGACUCCUGGUGGGCCGGCACGUUUCUUGAUCUUCGACAUCCAUGCUCUUCAGAUUAGGUUUUAUUUCCAAGACAGCAUCCUGCCAGUCUUGCUUUCAGCUAUGCCACUGUUGCUCAAUCUUCUCAAGACACGUUAUGCUUCAGAGGAUGUCGCCGUGGCCUUCCCGGAUGAAGGCGCGAAGAAGCGCUUCGGAGGCUUCUUUGAAAAGGAGGGCUACCCAGUCCUAUUUUGCAGCAAGGUUCGAGAAGGAGACAAGCGAGUUGUGCGAGUUGCUGAAGGUGACCCUCAAGGGAAGCACGUCUUCAUCGUUGAUGACCUCUGCAACACAGGUGGCACAGUUUUGGCUUGUCGGUCAGAACUUGAGAAGCGAGGUGCGAAGAAGGUCUCUGUCUUUGUGACGCACGGCGUCUUUCCACAAGGAACAGCGUGGUUGGAUUAUGUUGGAUUGUCUUGGCAGAAAUUUGAGGGAGGUGGUUUCGACCGCAUUUUCAUCACGGACAGCAUUCCUGAGACCUGCAGCAUUUUCGAAGAGCGAAAGGUAUCUCAAGGUGAAAAGUCUCACUUCGAGGUCAUCAAUUUGGCUCCCGCUCUUCAUACUUAUUUGCAAGGACAGGUCAACUAUGAUGCCCGAGAAGCUUGGCGGAAGUGA